UUUUUACUGCGACAGAAGAAAGUGCUUGAGGAAGAAAGAAACGCUCUCAGGAAAGAGGUUAUGGCUCUGCGAAUCAUGCAAGCAAAUUACGAACUGAUGGUAAAAGCACAGCAAAACACCCCUGGUCAAACGGAGACUCGGAUUUCAGAUCAAGUCAAGUUUCAAGUGUUUCAAAAUAUUAUGGAGGAGCUGUACAAAACGUUUUCAACCAUAAGUGUUGCAAACUUUGAUGUGCUUUCUGCCAGUGUCUUCAGCUGGUUGGAGGAAAAUUGCAAACCUCAGAAACUGCGUCAUAUGGUGAUCUCAGUGCUAAAUCGAUUCAGCGGCAUGCCAUAAUGAGAGAGAUUACAAAGGCACUACUAUAUGGAUGAUUUCAGUCUUUCAUUUGCCAUCUUGUUAUUGCUCUGUCAUACAAAGCCAUGGAUCAAUUUAAAUCAGAUGUUAUGUUUAUGUUCUAUUCUUUUUCAGUUGUUGUGUUUUUCAUAGUUUUCUGUUGUGUUGUUUUUACUACAAAGUCAAUUUGUACCUUAGAGCUUAUUUUUACGAGAUAUUUCUAUUUUUAUGCUUGUAAAAAGUAAAUAUUUAAGAUAAAAAUGCA